AUGUCUUUAACUUAUGAUAAGUUUGAAAGAGUCUUUGAUGGGGCUUUCCCUAGAUUCACUAAAUAUUCAACAUUACCCCCAAAUUCUAAAUUACAACUAGUUGUGGAUCAUUAUAAGAUUCGUCCACAGUUUAAAGAUCCCAAGAGACAUCCAAUAAAUUUAUAUUUUUGUCAUGGAACAGGUAUGAAUAAAUCCAUUUGGAAAUAUUAUGCUAAAAGAUUAAUGAGUUAUUCAUUUAAUCAUCCUGAAUUAAGUUGGCAAAUUAAUAAUAUUAUUGCUAUUGAUUCUGCAACUCAUGGUGAAUCUGCAAUUUUAAAUAAUGGGAAAUUAGGUUAUGAAUAUGAUUGGAGAGAUGGUGGUAGAGACUUGAAUAAGAUUGCUAAUCAAUUAAAUUUUGAAGGUUUUAAUAUUGGUGUAGGACAUUCAAUGGGUGGAUUUCAUACAAUGUUUGCUGCAUCUUUAUCACCUGCAUUAUUUAGAUUUAUGAUUUUAAUUGAACCAGUAUCAAAUAUUGGUGAAAGAUAUAUGAAUAAAGAGAUUGAAAUAAUGUGGGAUAAUUUAAUGGCUGUUGUUGAUCGUGCUUUAAUAACUGAAUUCCCAAAUGAAAGUUCAUUUAAUGAUUAUUUCCAGAAUAAAGGAUUCUUCACUAAAUUUAAUAAAGAAAUCUUACAUGAUCUCAUUGAAUCUGAAAAAUUAAUUCAUUCAGAUGGUAAAGUUUCCACGAAGACUAAUAAACAAUUACAAAUGAUUUCAUAUACAUCAUCCAAAAAAGUAGUUCCAAUUGGAUUAGAUGUUGUUGAAAGAAUUGAUAUUCCAUUGGUUCAUAUCCAAGGUGAUAAAUCAGAUUGGACUAUACCAGCUCAUGCUAAAAUUUUUAGAAAUCAUAUAAAACAAUUAGAUCCUUAUAAUAUCCCACAUGGAAGACAUUUAGUUAACGGUGAACAUCCAGAAGAUAUCUUGGGGAUAAUUAUAAAAUCAUUAAAUAAAUAUAUCUUAAAUACUGAUGAAGUUGAUUUUACUGAUCGUCCACAAUUAAAUCAUAAAGAAUAUACUACAUUGUUCAAUAAAGGAUAUAAUGAACAUGCAAAGAAGAAUCUUGUCUUUAGAAAGAAAAAAAGACAACAACAACAAAGGGUAGGAGAGAUCAAAGAGGUACAGGUACCAUCAAAUCAUGAACAAUUAAAGGCUCCAUUAGCCAAACUAUAA